UAUUCCGCAUCCCAACCAAAUCGACCAAUGUGUACAUCACCAUAGCUACCAUUAUAAAUGCUAUAGCAUUUUACAUUGCUCGAAUCUACACACACAAACACUCACUCAUUGAUCAAUGAUCAAUGGUGACGACGAGAGCACACGAGUGGCAAAACUCCACAUUAAAUUGCACAGAAUAUGUGUUGAAGAAAAUUACAAUCACAAAAAGCAAAGCCAAUCAAGUAUUUUUAACAGCUCAACUUAUUGAUAUCGUGGUUGAAUUUUCACAUUUUUCAAAAACAAGCAUUUUAUUGAUACAAAUUUUGAACAAAUUCUAUUAAAUUCUUUGAUCAAAAAUGAUGGAUCCAAACAUUGGCUGGUUCCAGCCCGAACAAGAAGGUCCGGCAUUGAAAUUAUGGGUUUCCCUUUGGAAACGUGCCAAAAUGAGCCAUCAUACGGCCAUUGAAAAUCAACCAGAUUUUGUUCCCCUAACUAAUAAUAAUAAUGGCACUCACCAUCAUAAUGAUCAUCAUCAUAAUCUUCAUCUUGGGCAUCAAAUGAAUGAUAAUAAUAAUAUUGAUGAUUGUCAUAAACAAGACCAAACAAUGCCUUCCACAACGACCCCUAUUUCCAUAUUUCCUAAUGGACCUUUCCAUCCAUUUUAUUUGAAUCAUAUGGCUAAACGAAAUCAUUCGGAUAAUCCGGCAUCUACAUAUAAUUUUAAUGAUAAUCAAAAUAUUUGUGCUAAAUAUAAUGGUACCCCUUGGCGUACAUUACGUGGACAUUACAGUCCUGGCAUUAUUGGUCUACAUCAAGAAAUUGAAGAUUUUUAUAAUUAUAUGAAACCAACACCAGAAGAGCAAUUUAUGCGACAAAAUGUUGUCAAAAGAAUUUCCACCGUUAUCAAUAAUUUUUGGCCCGAAGCCAAAGUUGAUUAUUUUGGUAGUUUUCGUACCGGUUUAUAUUUACCGACAAGCGAUAUAGAUAUGGUUGUAUUUGGUAAAUGGGAAACCAUACCAUUGUUUACAUUGGAAAAAAAAUUGUUAGAAACUGGAAUUGCCGAAGAUAAUAGUAUCAAAGUGUUGGACAAAGCUAGUGUGCCUAUCAUCAAACUUACUGAUCAAGAAACCAAAGUUCGUGUGGAUAUAAGUUUCAAUACUAGUAAUGGAAUCAAAAGUGCCAAAUUGAUCAAAGAUUAUAAACAAGACUAUCCUAACCUAGAAAAACUAGUCUUCGUUUUGAAACAAUUUCUUCUACAACGAGACUUGAAAGAAGUUUUCACUGGUGGUAUUAGUUCAUAUUCGUUAAUAUUAAUGGUCAUUAGUUUCAUUCAAUUACAUCCACGAAUCGAAGCACGCUUACCUGAUGCUAAUUUGGGUGUUUUGUUAAUCGAAUUUUUCGAACUAUUUGGACGAUAUUUUAAUUAUUAUCGUGUUGGCAUUCGUGUCAAAGAUGGUGGCAAAUUUGUACCUAAAUCUGAAAUUCAAAAAAACAUGGACUCUAAUUAUCGGCCAUCAAUUCUAUGUAUCGAAGAUCCUUUAAAUCCAUCGAAUGAUAUCGGAAAAAAUUCGUAUGGGGCUUUGAUGGUUAAACAAGCGUUCGAAUAUGCAUUUACUACUCUACACCAGGCUGUUGGUCCAUUAUCAACAACUGUUGAUCAGACAAAAUCAAUAUUGGGCCGUAUAGUUCGUGUCACCGAUGAAGUAAUUGAUUAUCGAAAUUCUAUAAUUGAAAAAUUCCCACUGCCAUAUUCAGAUAUGAAUACCAAUAAUGACGAUAGUUCAAAUGGUGGUGGUAGCGACGGUACUAGUGGAAAAAGUUCUGGGACGAAUCUAGAUAGCACAAGUGGCAAAUAUAUGGGAGGAUCAUUGACUAAUAGCAGUCAUCAUCAUCAUCAUCAUCAUCGUCAGACCAAAUCUCCUCGACAUCAUCAUCCUCAUCAUAAUAAGACGUCAAAUUGCAAUCCAAAUUCAACGGAUUUCGAUAAAGACUCAAGUGAUAGUGAUGAAGUCAUCUGUGAUACAAAUACAACGAAAUCCAGUUCACUUCCUUCGAUGUUAGAUACAAUUACGUCUUCCCAGGACACAAAUGCUAACGAUACGGCAGCUGCCUCCAUUCAACAAUCGCAACCACCUCAGCCAUUAUUGUUGAACACUCAGCCACCGCCAGUUCAUUUAACAUUUCCGACAUCAGCUGCAACGAAUCAAUUUUCAACAAUAUCUACAUCAUUUUUAUCACCAUACGCAAACGCGAUGCAUCAUGCAGCUGCCGUUGCUUUACAACAGACAAUUACACAUCAACAACAACAACCUGUUCCGGUUAGCUUAUCACCACAUUAUCAUCCGCAUCACCAUCAUCUUCCAUUGGCUCAUGCGAAUUAUAUUCAACAUCAAUCACAAGCGACAACGAUUCCACAGCCGCCACCACCCUCAACAUCAUCACACCGUUCAUCAUCAACUGGAAUGUUAUUAAAUAGAAGAUAUAAUAGCAAUAACAGUAAUAAUAAUAGUUCAUCAAAUAAUAAUCCAAUGGUUGCGAUCAAUACAAAUGGCCUUUCUAAUAUAACGACAAAUUCAAAUUUAUCAUCAUCAAGGCGACCAAAUUAUUACAACAGUAGCAGUAGUACGUCAAGUAAUUCGAGUACUAAUUCCAAUUCCAACAGUGGAGCUAAUUGGAAUAAUAACGUUCCAAUGAUGACCACCACGAAUGGAUCGAAUACUAAUAAAAAUACAUUCGAUUCCGAUAUAAAUAUGAAAACUUUAGUCAAUGGAAAUAUGAUUGCUGGAAAUAAGGCUACGUCUUCGUCAUUUGGAAAGAAUACGAUUCGUCAAUUUUCUAACUCAAAUGAUCAUCAAUCCAUUCGUAAGACUCAGAUUUAUCAUGGUAAUAUUAGCAACAAGUCUCAACAGACAUCAUCAGUAUUUUCUAAUAGUCUUGUUGACAAAUUUCCAUCUUGAUUAUCAUCAAUUGUUAUCAGUGUGGGUAAAAUCAAUGAGUUCAAGAUGAAUUAUAUUUAUCAUACAGAAUUCUAAAAGAGAUUUGAACCUAAAAUAAUGAUCAACAGAAACCAAUUUGGUUUUCGCAUAUUUUGAAUUAUGUACAAAUUGGAUCAUUCUGUUUUUGAAUAUAAUUUUUAUCCUGGAUUUUAUUUCAUCGACCAAUGUAGUCGUUCUCAGUGACUAACUGUUAGCAAAGAUAAUAAAAUCAAAAUUAUAAUUUUUUUAGUUCGA